AUGGCCUUCCUGCACUGCGUGCUGAAUCUCGACGCCGGGGCGCAUCUGGCCCACGGGUCUGAGUUGGCGAAGCUACGGGGGGAACUGCUCUCCCUGGCGCCGGAGGAUCGCGCGCGGGUGGUCUAUGAGGCCCUGUUUCUGGAGGAGGCGCAUAUGGAUGCGGCGCGCGGGGGCAGUUCGGGGGUGCCGGGGCCGGAGGAGGAUAAUGGGUUUCAUUUCUUGGGGUUUGUGAAGGGCAGUGAUGGGAGGGUUUGGGAGUUGAAUGGGGGUAUGCCGGGGCCCUUGGAGAGGGGGGUUCUUGGGGAUGGGGAGGAUUUGGUUUCGGAGGCUGGGCUGAGGUUGACGGUUGGGGAUUUUGUGGAGGCUGCGAGGGAGGUGGAGGGCGGUGGGUAUGGGGGCUUGGGGGUUUCUUUGGUUGGCUUGGUUGGGGUGUAG